GGGAGGUUGGGUGCUAGGCCGAAAACGAGAGAAGAAAAGGAGGCGCGGCUAGAAGCUGUCAAGAGGGGAAGAUAAGGUUACAUGAGACCUAAUUCUGGACAUAUGGUUGCAAAUACUUGGAGACAGGACAAAGAAAAUGACAGGGAUUCAACACCUCAUAAAGGUCCAACGGCAACUUUAUCUCCCAGGAAAAGCCCAAGGCUGAUUGAAAAAGCUAAGAGGACGGUUGGUGUUAGUUUAACUAAGAUGGUUCUGGAUUUUGAGAACCAUGUUGAGGAGCCGACACAGGCUAGCAGUCAGGGAAUUGUGAAUCUAGAUGAUGAUUCACUAGGUACUGAAUUCUGGAAAUCAGCCGCGGAUAAAGUAGAUGUUGUUGAAGAAGCUGUCAAUGCGACUAAGGAAUCAGUGUUGCACCUUCAGAAUCUUAAUGCAGAUGAUUGUCACCCGGAAGACCAACCAUGGAGCCAACCACUCAUAUACAGUGAGGAUGAAGAUGAUGCUGACUGGAAGGAGUUUUUACACAAUUUUAGUAUGAAAAGCAGUGCUGGUAAGGAUAGUGAGGAAGACGAUGAAGAUGAUCAUUAUGACCAGUUGUUGGAGACGGAUGAUGAAGUUGAAGUUUUCAAAGAAGUUAAGGAACCACUGAUUGAUUUUGAGAUUGAAAAGGGUAAAGGGAAGGAAAUUGCUAAUGGAUCGGAAGAUCAUUAUGGUCCUGAAAUGGUUGGUAGGCCAUUACCUAAUCAUGAAGUUAGAGUGGUUGAUAAUGGGCAACAUUGGUUUGAUGACAGUGAUUUUGAAGAUUUCCUUGUUGCUCCUGAUUCAGUGGAUAAUGAGUUAUUCCCUGAACCAGAAAAUGAAAUACAAGUUGUACUUGAUGACAGAAUUGAUGAGGGGAUGGAAUUUCCAGACAAGACCGCUUUUAAGAAACAUCUCAGAAAAUACUGUGUAUCUACUAGGACAGAAUGCAGGUUUAGUAAGAGUGAUAAUAUUAGAAUCAAGGCUGUGUGUAAAGGCUUUGGAGAGCCCAUUCUAUGUCCGUGGUAUAUAUAUGCAAGGAGGAUCCCUGGUGAGGCGACUUGGAGCAUAAGAGAUUUCCACUUGCACCACACUUGUAUUGGGGAUCCUUAUGGGAGGAAUUCAUGUGCAAAUCCAGAAUUUGUAGCUCAACAUGUGAUUAACAAGCUAAGGGAGUCACAUGGAAAGAAUGUACCUAAACCUUCUGAGAUUGCUGCCGAGUUUUGGACAAGCCACAACACCUUGAUCCCGUAUCACGUUGCAUGGAAGGCUAGAAACAAUGUGUUGGAGAGGAUAAACGGAAGCUUUGAUGAGAGUUUUAGACUCAUACCAAGUCUGUGUGAAAUGAUCAAAAGGACUAAUCCCGGAUCAAUUGCUACUUUCACUUACGGAAGAGACAAUCGAUUUGAAUCUGUGACCAUAUCUUUUGAUGCCCCAAUGAGGGGUUUUAUAAAUGGUUGUAGAAAUGUGGUUGGGCUGGAUGGUUGUCACCUGAAGGGAAAGUAUGGUGGUUGUCUACUAUCUGCCACUGCUCUUGAUGGGCAGAAUGGAUUGGUUCCUUUGGGUAUCAUGGUUUGUAGAAACGAGUGUGCGGAGAACUGGUUCUUGUUCUUGAAUAAUCUCAAGCAUAGAUUGGCUGAUCAUCCCGUUGAGCCAAUCAACUUCAUAUCUGAUAGACAGAAGGGUUUGAGAGACGCUGUCCAAAAGUUGUUCCCUACUUCACCACAUAGGUUCUGCUUCAGGCACAUGUAUGCAAACUUCAAAAUGCACUACAAGGGAUCUAAAGUACACACACUAUUCUGGAUGCUGCUAGAGCUUAUAAGCCUAAACACUUUCAGGUUUGUUUUAGUCCGUAAAUGA